AUUUCUACGUGUGUCCAAGCCUAGACAGGAAAGAGUGCCAACAUGCCGCAGCUAAACAGGCUGACACGGCUUCGGCAGCCCUGGGUGCUGCCGGCCGCUUCCUCUGCACUGCAACUGCAACAGCUUAAUAACCUAGAAACUACUGCCCAUGCCGGAAUUAUCGGGGAGCGCUCGCUCGCGACGAAGGCGACUGCAACAUCUUCCUCGCGCAGCGAGUCCUGGUCAGUCCCUGCCUCAAUUCUAGCAGCUGGUGCUGCACUGCUGGGAUCGGCGCUGCUUACGCCGGGUCAGGCCUCGGCCAAGAAGGAGCUCGCCAUCCUGCCCGGCAGCAAGCCAUCGCCCGCUGCUGCCCCAGCGAAGCCCGCUGGCGCUGCAGCUUCGGAGCCGGCGGCAGCUAAGGGCCCGGCGAAGGAUGAGAAGGGGCGGCCCAUCUACACGCGCGAGGAGGUGGCGAAGCACAAGACGCCCAAGGACAGGGUGUGGGUCACCUACAAGGAGGGUGUCUACGACAUUACUGAGUUCAUCGAGAUGCACCCGGGAGGAGCCGCCAAAAUCAUGCUGGCUGCGGGCGGCAGUGUGGAGCCGUUCUGGGGGCUGUACCAGCAGCACAAGAAGCCGGAGGUGUUUGCCAUCCUGGAGCCGUACCGCAUUGGCACCCUGGAGGGUGGCGCCGCCGCCGCCGCCGCUGCCUCGGCCGCGUUGAAGGACCCGUACGCAGGCGACCCGGCCCGUCACCCCGUGCUCAUCCCGCGCACACAGAAGCCCUUCAACGGCGAGACCCCGGGCUCCCUGCUUGCCGCCAGCCCCGUCACGCCCACCGACGUCUUCUUCGUGCGCAACCACCUGCCAGUGCCCGCAGUCGACACCGAGCACUACCGCCUGCAGGUGACGGGCGAGGGCGCUCGGUCUCUGGAGCUGUCGCUGUCGGAGCUGCAGUCGCGCUUCCGCAAGCACCACGUCACAGCCACCAUCCAGUGCUCGGGCAACCGGCGCAAUGAGAUGUCGCAGGUCAAGCCGGUGAAGGGGCUGGAGUGGGACCAGGGUGCCAUUGGCACGGCGGUGUGGGGCGGCGUGCGGCUGCGGGACGUGCUCAAGGCUGCGGGCCUGAGCGAGGACGACCCCGCGGUGCGCCACAUCCACUUUGAGGGACUGGACAAAGACCCAGCCACCGGAGACGUGUACGGCGCCUCCAUCCCCCUGUCCCGCGCCCUGUCCCCCGAGUGCGACGUGCUGCUGGCGUACGAGAUGAACGGCGCGCCGCUCAAUGUCGACCACGGCGCCCCACUGCGGGUGGUGGUGCCGGGCGUGACGGGCGCGCGCAGCGUCAAGUGGCUGGGCCGCAUCGUGGCCUCUCCCUCCGAGAGCUCCAGCCACUGGCAGCAGCGCGACUACAAGGCCUUCUGCCCCUCCGUGGACUGGGACAGCGUGGACUGGGGCAGCGCGCCAGCCAUACAGGAGCCGCCCGUCACCAGCGCCAUCUGUGAGCCCGCGCCCGGCACUGUGCUCAGCGCCGCAGACGGCGAGGUCACGCUGCGUGGCUAUGCCUGGAGCGGCGGCGGGCGAGGCAUUGUGCGUGUGGACGUGUCGUCGGACGGCGGCAAGACCUGGUCCGCGGCCCGCCUGCUGCCGCCGCCGCCCGGCGCACCGGCGCAGGGCUCCUACACGGGCGCUUGGGCCUGGACGCUGUGGGAGGCCACGCUACCGCUGCCCGCCGCCGGAUCCGACUCGUCAGUGACGCUGGUGGUUAAGGCGGUUGACAGCUCGUACAAUAACCAGCCCGACAGCGUGGCGGGGAUCUGGAACCUGCGGGGGGUGGUCAACAACGCCUGGCACCGCGUGACGCUGCCGCUGGAGCAGUAGAAGAGUAAGGGGCUGGAUCAGCGUGGGCGUGAUGUGUUAGGGAGGAAUGUGAAGGACGAGGGGGGGAGGUUGCACAGCGUUGCAUGACGAGAGACCGAUUUCAGGGAUGGCGAUUGGGAUUGGGGACUUGGCGUGAUACGCGGGGGCGUAGAAGGUAGCCCGCAGAGUUGGGGAAGGUGCCUGCAAGCUUCAGAGGCAGGGCAAAGCUGUAGCAGUGGGACGCAGGGGCAAAUUGCAGGCCAACAUAUCUCAAUGGGGUCGCUAGUGGCUUCGCGUUUUGUUGGCGAGUGAGUGGAGGCUAGCAAUCAAGGCGCGCGUGAGGCGCAUGAAGGCACUCAUCUGGCCAGCUCUGGCUGCUGCAGACACAUGUCGGCGUUCUUGUUGUUGUGGGGGUGACAGCGGGUCACCGGAAUUGAGGCGGGGCAACGAGCGAUGUAAGAACACUCAGAU